GGCUGUUUUAUCAGUGUAAACUUUGUAGUACAUAUUUAAUCCUACUUUCAGUGACAGGUAUCUGGAAGUCUGUUAUAUUUUGUGGAACCUGGAAAUUUCACAAAUAAACGAAUGUUAACAAAGAAGCUUCAGACUAGUGCAUCUUUACGAGAUGAUAGCAAGGAUCAUGGUUGUAGAUUUUCACGUUCAAACGCUCAAUGCACCAUUCAAGAAGAAUGUGAUCGUGUUUCAUUGACCCGUACGACUAGUGUUAGAUCCACGGUAGAGUUUCCUCCGAAUAUAGACGAGAAAGAUCUAGAAAUAUUAGGUGAAAUUGGAAGUGGAGCAUAUGGUAGAGCUUUAAAAGUAAAACACCGACAAUCUAAUUGUUUGUUGGUUCUUAAAGAGGUUAUUGAACAAAACAAAGCAAUCGAGGCAACUAUUAUACGCGAAGUUUCAUUACUUCAGAAUUUAAAACAUACAAAUAUUUUAACAAUUGUCGGUGUGGUUAUUCGAAAUAGACAGUUUUGUCUUAUUACUGAAUAUAUUGAAAAAGGAAGUUUACAUUCAUUAUGCUUGGAUAAAAUUAAAUAUCCAUUUAAUUGGAUUAAAAUAAUAACAUUUGGUCGUGAUAUUGCAUCAGGGAUGGCUUAUUUACAUAAACAUGACGUUAUACAUCGGGAUUUAACAACUCUUAAUUGUCUUGUACGACAAGAUGACUCUGUUGUUGUGUCUGAUUUCGGAUUGUCAAAAUUAGUUCAGUCAAUUCCGUCUUGUAGACAGAAAACAGAAGAAAAAUGCUACGAUCACACAACAACAAAUGACUCUACAUCAAUAAUUCAAGAUUCUUCUUCUGAUACUUCAAAUAACACCGAUGUUCAGCCUAAUCAUACUCCUCGUCUUAGACGUCAUCAUGCAUACAAUCAUCCAAGAAGACAUACUGUAGUUGGUAGUCCAUACUGGAUGGCUCCAGAAAUGAUAGUUGGUCAACCAUAUGAUAAUUCAGUGGAUGUAUAUUCAUUUGGUACAAUUAUGUGUCAAUUAAUUUUACGUACAAAUGCUGAUCCAGAUAACUUAAUACGUGAUGCAAAAACUUUCUGUAUAGAAAUGGAUGAAUUAAUGAAACUAGAAAAUUUUCCGAUCAAUACACCACCAAUAUUAUUAAACAUGACAAGUCAAUGCGUUUCAUUGGAUCCAAGAAAUAGACCUUGUUUCGAUUCAUGUGUUGGGCUACUGGAACAAUGUUUAUUAUACUUAUUAUCUGGACAUCAAUCAAAACAGAUUAUAGUUGGAAAUUCUGCUAAAGACAUUACCACAGUUGAUGACAACAAUACAGAGAGGUGAGAUUCUGAUUAUCAGAAUCUUGAUGUUAAUAAAUAUUGAUCAAUAGUACAUAUAUAUCCUUGUAUACAUAUUUGUAAAUUUUCUUUUUAGUUAACUAACUUGGUUAUAUUUUCCACUUGAUCAUAUCAUAGCUAUAAAUCUCAACUCGAAUGAAAUGAUGUCUUUAUGCGUACCCUACUGUUGUAUGAAUUUUCAUUAUCCGAAUAUUAUAUUUCUAUGUUAUUACACGAAGAAAUAAAUCUCUAUUUUUAUGUGAAAUUAAGUUUGGUAUUCUGUUUCCCUGUUACUAAUCCAUUCCUUAUUUUUUUUAUCGGUUAUGACUUAUAUUGAAUUGAUAAAUAAAAUGAGAUUACAACUCUUCAACCACUUAAAUGUAAUCAUUAUAUUUUUCUGUAUUGGUGUUUGGAGCCAUUUGAUAAAGAAAUAGGACUGAUUAUUUUAUUUUGAUUUUAUUGAAUUCUCUAAGCUUAAUGGUUGAAUUGUAAAGCUUUCGUUGUUGUUCUGGACAACAUGUUCAGUGUCUUGUUGACGUAAAAAUGCCUUGUUUAAUUACUAUUCUACAAGCGUUUAAUCAGUCUAUGCUGACGAAUUUAUCUGUGACUAUUUGUCUUCGUAGUUUUGUUAACUUUUGGUUUGUAUUUUUAUUUGAUUGGUCGCUUUCCACGUAACUGGUUGUCUGUUUCCGUAUAGAUUUGUAGAAUAAGUCUAUAUAGAUACAGUUAUUGGUUAU